AUGGAAACGAUCAAAAGCUUGCUGUUGCGGCAAACGUCACCCGGCUCGGCGGCCGACUAUGAUGAGGGCUCGCUCUGUGGUGACCGCUUCGUGGACGUCGAGAGCCUCUUCGAGCCGUCUGCCGUCACGGCGACGACGACGACGACGGACCUGGACGGACGACGGAGGAUGCAGGAUGAUGAUUUCAUUCACCCGAAACUAUCGAAGCUGAAGCAACCGCCGGUGAUUGUCGGUGUGGCGGUGAAGCGCAGCCUCCGGAAGCCGUCACCUCCGGAAGCGGGUGGGACGUUCGAGCAGUGGCAUAAGGACAUAUUCGGUACGGCGGCGCUGCCACAGGAUGAUCUGAUCGGGAAAGCGAUUGAAAAUGGUUUCGGCGAAAGAGAGGUGGCCGAUGCCCGUGGCGACGAUGGCCCACUGACGGCCACCGGGAGUGAGCCAGCUAGUGAUAAGGAUUUGAUCGAUUUGAUCGAUUUCAGCAGUGACGUGGAGGAGGCCGAGCCACCGAGUCCGAGGGUCGAGUUGUGGCAGGCACCAGCAUCACCGCCUCGGCGGAAGAAGGUUACAUUUCAGCUGGAUGAUGACGAUGAUGAUAAUGAUGAUGAUGAUGAUGAUGCGGAAGAGGAUGGUGCCGACGAGCUGGAGGAGGUGGUGCGUGCAAUGCGAGAAGACAUCGAUACAUCGCGCAGGGUGCCCCGUAAUGAAAUAUCAACAACUGAGGCUGGGCAAACAGAUGACAUUGUGCGGAGCUGGAGUCCCCAGCGGUUGGUGGACUUGGAGGACGAGGAGGCGGUCGACGAGGACGACCCCGGACGGCAGGCCAGUGGGGGGGCGGCUGGAACGGAAACGGUUCAGCGCGCAUGCUCCUCUCCGUUACACACCGAGAGCGAGAGUCAUCAUCAGCGUCAUCCUCCGUCAGCAGCGAAGUUGUCACAUUCCGAUGGUGGUGGUUCCGUGCGGGAAAUCGACGAAACGUCACCUGAGGAGCUACCUGAGUGGGGGGGAGCCGCCAGUCCUGCCGAUGGCGGCCGGAGCUGGGAGCUGGUGGAUGUUUGUGUUCCGGACGCAUGCGCCGGAACGGAAUCGAUCAACGCGUGGCGAAGGGACCAGCACUACUACCACCAUCUGGAGCCCCACCACGACCAUCACGGGGCCAAGCAGUCGGGCCAACGCAGUAGCAGCAGCAGUUUGCUGCGAGGAUUAGAGUGCAUCAGUAGCGCCCGGUCGACGGUCGGGCACCACCAACAACGGCAGCACCACAACGACGGCCAGGAAGCGGGAGGCAGUAGCAGUAGUCGGAAGCAAGCGAAACGUGGCGCGCUGCCCGUGGCCAGCGAAGAGAAGGCGACCCAGGUUUGUGCGAAGAACCCGGAGCAUCGACGGAGCACCGACGGAGUGACCUCGUUGUCGUCGGACAGUGAGAGUGAAAACUACUAUGGGACAUGCUCGCCCCCGCCCCCGACGGUAGUGCGGCCCAGCUCCGGAUGCUGCUGCUGUCAUCCGCCACAGGAUUCGGAUCGGGCGCUGCUCGUUGAGGUAACGCUCAGUGCCCAUCUUUGCGUUCCGACCCCCGCCGCUGCUGCUGGAUCGCGGGAGCGGGUGCUUCGGGACAGUGCCACCAACACCAGCGAGCAGCCGGAGGGUGGCGGCCAGGGUGCCAAGGACCCAUCGAGCGCGGACAGUGGCAUUAUCCUGCUCGACGACGAUGGUGACGAGUCCGGUGAUGGGGCUGGUGUCGUGAAAGGACACACGGGCUACUUCAGUGACGGUGGUGGUGGUGAUGAAAAUCGGGAACCCGUCGCUGGGUGUGUGCGUGAAAGCAGUGUGCGGGAACAUUCCGUCGCAGCAGCGGCAGCAUCCUUAUCGUCCUCGUUCGAGGCGAGCCAGCGCUUGCAGCGUCUCGAGGAGCGCUUCCGGGGGUUUGCGUCGCGAGCGGCCGGACUAGGGGGUGGCGGAGGCCGCGGUGGCUCCCUGCCCUCGUUGCUGCGGGCGGGUGACGACACCAACACACGCGCAGCCAGUGUACUGUUCGCUUCGACCACUGCCACUGGCGGAACGCACACCAACCACAGCGGCAGCGUAUCGACGACCACAGAGACAGGUGGACACCACGUAGCAGCAUCCGGUGGUGGCAAGCCCGGAAGCGGUUGGCGGCAGUUGGUGCCGUCGAGGAAAACAUCGUCGCUCAACUGUUUACAGCCCGCGACUCGUGGCGACGACGACAACAAGCCCACUGGGCUCUCUGCAUCGUCGCUCCUAUCGCUCUCCUGUCUGGAUCUCGAGCGGAAGCGCCGGGAGCACGGGGAGCAGCAGCAAUCAACGGUUGACCGGAACGGUGGUCACGGUGCCGCCCCUGUGGACGGUGGACUUUCGAAAGCCGUUUCACUACCGUCACUACCGUUCAGCAGCGAGCCUUUUGACAGCCACCCAGCACAGCGCCACCAGCGGCCGGUGGAGGAACUGCGCUGCUUGCACGGCCUGCAACGGAUUGCCAACGACACGCCGGAGAGCAGCGGUGGUGGCAGUGGGGCCGAAUCGGACGAGAUCUGCACGAUCUUCCCCGGGGGCCAACCGCGGGUCCCGGAUCCGUUGGAGUUCGUCGACGAGACGGUGCUCGUGGGAUCAACCGACGGCGAGGAGGACGACGACGACGAGGACCUCACCUCCGAUAGUGGUGUUGGUGGUGGGGGACCGGUGAGUGAGUUCGGGCGGCUCGAGAAGCUGCUGGCCGCGGAUCCGCACACGAACUGUGAAUUCGAUACGCGCCACCUCCAGGACUACGAGCCGGGCGUCUAUCGGAUCAAGUACUGCUACGAUGAGCUCGAGGAGGAGCUCGAGGAGGAGCUAGAGGAGCGGCUGUUGGCACGGCGUACCGGGCCACCGUUUCCGGUGGGACCUCCACCAGCGGUACCGCCGCCCCCUCCGCCUCCACCGAAGGUCAGUGGGUCAGUGUGUUCGGUUCGGAGCCGUGAAGGAGUGGCCAGUGUGAGUGCGGCUCAGUGUAACCGGGCCGGGGUCGGGUCCGAGGUGGGGGAAGUAGUAGUGGGUGAUACGAGUGAAACGCCGCCUCCGACUCCACCGCCACCGCCGCCACCCAAGGGUCAGGGGUUCCUGUCGCUGCGGAAGCGCACUGGGGCGGUGGUCCGCGGUGUCGGAGUGUCCGGGGUGUGUGGUUGUGUGAUCGAAGCCGUGCCCUUCUACCGAUCGGAGGCAGCGGCGGCGGCGGCAGCGGCGGUGACGAGCACGAUGCGGGAGACGGCCGGAGCGGGCGCGGGGACCCUGCGGGGUCUGCUGAAGAAGCCGAACCGGCCGCCGCCGGUCCGCAAGAACCGGGUCGUGUUCGACGAGACGCGCAACGAGUUCUUCGAGGCGGACUACAUCAUCCUGAUCCGCGAGGACUGCCCGUACGACGAGGAGGACGAGGAGCCGUGCACCUGCGGUGAACACGAGCUCGUUCGAAUAUGUUGUGACGAAGGCUGCAACUGUGGCUACACCGACGAUGGCCGCACGCCACCGAGUCCGAAGUUUGCUCCCCCGAUCGAGUUUGUCGACCAGGCCACGCUGAGCCCCCCGGAGGGCUACAAAGACGGCAGUGGGCUGCUUGACAAUGCACUCGGCGGGGCACUCGGGGGACACGUCUUCGGCGCACAACAUAUUCAGCAGCUCCAGGUUAUCCAGCGGCUACAGCAGCAACGGGCUGCCAUGCUGGCAGCCAGGGCUGCUGCUGGCCAGCAGGGACAACAAACGGGCACCGCAGGCCAGGGCCAGACCGCCGGUCCACAGACCGCCGUCCCGGGCGGGCAAACGCCGCAGUCCCAACCGUCGUCGCAGCAGUCGCAACAGCAGCACCAACAGCAACAGCAACAGCAGCAACAAACUGCAGUGUGCACCGAGUGUGCCGAAUGCGCCGAAUGUGCCGCCAAGCAGAUGCACGACGAGGAGUGUGACUCCCAGUGCUCGGACGACAUGUCACCGAUGCUGGAGGCGCCCUUGCCGCCCCAUGCGACGCUCCCCAUCGCCCUGGUGCCGCUGGCCAAGGCGUCACCGGAACGGCGCGUCACGGCGAAGGAGAUUAUCGCCGGCGAGGAGCGGCCCAAAUUUCUCACCAUCAAGCAGGUGCAGGACUCCAGUUCGCAAGAUGGCGAUGGCAAGGGAGCAGGUGGUGGUGAUGGUUCGGCGGCCACAAAGAUGACGGCGGCUGCGACGGCAGCGGCGGCCUCAGUGACCCAGAGCUCGCAGCGCUACAUCGUCGAAACGAUCACGAUGACCACCGUGACCGAGCGGCGGAUCGUCUCGAAAGGAACGCCGGCGGCGGUGGCGGCCACCGAUCUGACGCCCUCCGGCGUUGCUCUCCCAUCCACCACCAGCACAACAACAAGCUCGUCCUCCUCAUCCACCACGCUUCCCACUAUCGUUCCAGCAGCAGGCAACGAAGGUGGCUCCACGGCGGUACCGCUGGCAACGGCUGCGGCGGCGGCGGCGACGAUGGGUUCAGGUGGCCCCGGAGUGGGCAUGUCUUCCAUGGCUUCUGCCCAAGACUAUCGGCUUCUGCAGCACCAACAGCAGCAACAGAAACAGCUGCUCCGUUCCAACUCCGAAUCCUCGUCAACGUCGUCUGCGGUGACCGGAGCAGGAGCUCACUUCGAGCUCGGGAAGCAUAGGCCGCUCAGCACGGCACAGGCCAUCAGCGGCAUCCUGAAGGGGGGUAAGCUGUGGAAAAACGAGCAACAACACCAACAGCAACAGCAGCAACACCAGCAACACCAGCAACAGCAACCACAGCAACCAACGGCCGUUCAGGUGAGUUCCUCAAUGUCUGUUUGGAACGACGACUCGACGAUGGUGACUUCGGACGAGGAGACGAGCUCGAAGCGCUCGGUACGGUUCAACGAGGAGUCCACGAUCCGGGAGGCGUGCUGCGACGGCGAGGUGCAGUCGGGAUUGGGCGAAGGGGAAGGUGGGACCUGUCGGGCCAUCAACUACAUGUCGGACACGCUCAAGCGCCACUCGUCCGGCCUGUUUCACAAUGCGCUCCGGCCCAACUCGGCGGUCCGCCAGCUGUUCCCGAGCAGUGCCAUCCAACCGCUCCUCACGACGGCCAUUUCCGGUACGGGCGCAACACCGACGGCCACCACGGUUACGGUGGCCACCUGCAACACGCCAACAACGAUGAUGCCCGGCGCGGUCACUGCGAUCGCGUCGAGUGCCCACGGUCCGACGGUCCUCACGCAGGAAGCGCUGAAAGCGUUCGACGACUCCAAGAAGACGCCAGCCAGCGGUGGUCUGGUCCAUCAGCACAGUCUGACGAGCAACUCCGGCAGCAUGACCAACAUCCCGAGCAGUGCUGCCGCUGCGUUGGCCGUGUCGGGGGCCACGGGUGCCGGUGAGACCGACACCAUUCGGCGGACGAUCGAACGAAACGCCCUGCGACGAUCCCUCAUCAAGUACGAACCAAAGAAAAAGAUCCCGGUGAAGGAUGUCACAUCGCUGGAGGAACGCAUCCGGCAGCUGACGUGUGAUAUCGACGAUCCGAUCGACGAGUCCGGUGGCAGCGAUCAAGCCGGUGACGGAGGAGAGCUCGGGGAGAUGGAGCGCAGGGACAGUCCGGCGGGCGAGGAGAACCCACAGCAACCGAAGUACAUCCCGGACAAGAGCUUCUCGCCCAGUUCGUCCGCGUCGAGCUCGAGCAGCGGUUCGAACGGGUCGACCUACAAGAAGAUCACCGAUCUGUUCCACCGGGACCGACGGCAGGAGAAGAUCCCGGAGGCGGACGAGAACCCGAUCGUUAUCAUCCCGCAGGACUGCCGUUGCCCGGCGGGUCCGGACAUUGGAAUGGGCGUUCAAAUUCAGGGCGGACAUACGCAGAUCCACCAGCCACCGCAGCAGCGCGGGCUCGAUUCGCGGCGCCAGUUCCUGUCGACGCUGGCCCCGCUCACGGCGUGUGUGGCCGGCCAGCGGGACGACCUGUCGUACUACACGCUGGCCCAUCCGGGCGACCGCAGCUCGAUGGCGAGCUCGCAGAGCACCGAGUACAGCAUAGGCGACAUCGAUGCGGCCCUGCACGACGACGACGGCAAGAAGGUGGCCCCGGAUGUGAUUGCCGGGACGCCCGGCCAGGAGUCGGACGAGCUGGCGGCGUUCGUGCAGCAGGAGGGCGCCCGCACGGAGCGGCUGAAGAAGCGGUACAGCGCGGAAACGUCCACCUCGGCGCCGGCCUCCGGGGCCGGGUCGGAUGACGACGAGCAGAACGACUACGGCUUCAACUCGCGGCCCUCGGUGCGAGGGAUCAAGCCACGGUUCGGUUCCACCAACGAAAUCCUGCAACAGAUGCAGGCACAGCUGGCCGCACCGUCCAAUCCCGCGCAGGCCGGAAAAACGCCAACCACAGCGGCCGGAGCCCAGCCGGGUCAGGGUGGGCCAAUCCAGUCGAACACGCUGCCGAGGCCACACACCGCUAGCAGCAUGCAUGUGGCCGCUGCCAAGCAGCAGAUCACGACCCAUCAGCACACGGCCUCCUGGAGCUACUACCCGGCGGUGGAUCCUGCAACGGCCGCGAAAGGAGUCGCCCUUCAGCCGUCGUCGACCGGAGCGCAACCGCCGGCCGUAGCAACGAGUCAGCCCGGUGUAGCCACCGCGCACCAGCCGGGCAACCUGCUGGCGGCCGUCGAUCCGCACGGUAACUACUACCACAUCCCGGUGCAGACGCGCCACAGCUAUCACGGCCAGGAGGCAAUCUAUCAGAACUGUGCCAACCUGCCACUCGGCGUGCAGGCCAGUGCCGUGCAGGUGCAAUCGCACCAGAUCCACACGCAGCACCAGGCGGUCCACACGGCGCACCACAUCCACCAGAUGACUGAUACGGCCGCGGCGUACGGCAAGUUCGCCCGAAGUCCGACGCGUCGUCCCGAGUCGCCGCCGCCGCUGCGCAACUAUCACCAGACGAUGGUGCUCAUCCCGUACAAUGCCGAGACGUACCACCGCUACACGGCCCAGGAGCAGGAGAACUACCGGCGGCAGCACAACAUCGUCGAGUACCAGCAGGUCACCCAGCAGACGAUCCGAGUGCCGGUAGGGUAUCCACUGCCGGGGAUGCAGCUGCACGUGGUGGCGGCCGGAGCCCGGGCCGCCGGACUUCCGCCGCACUACUCGACGCUGCCCCGGCUAGGCACCAACACGGCCCCGGUUAGCGUGGCUACCGGCACGACGGCAGGACCUCCGGCAGCGCCGGGUAGUGCCGUUUCAGCGCCGCCGCCGCCCCAAGGGAAGCCUCCCGCUUACUCACAGUACCCACAGGACGGCAAGCCAGUGCCGGGCGGUGGCGUGGUCAAGUUCACCGAACGGGGUGCCCCCGAGGGUGCGGCCAGUGUGCAGCAGCAGUCCGAUGUGGCCUGCAACCUGCUGUCACCGACCGGGCAAGGUCACGGUCCACCGGGAACCUCGGUGGCCGCCAGCAGUUCGGCGACGACCACCGCGGGCACAACUAGCGGUGGUGGUGGGGGGCAAGUCGGAGCCGUCGUAUCCGCGGCCACCGCCGUCAUGACGUCCAGCAGUGCGCCGAUGCCGAGUGCUCAGGCCACUGGUCAGGCACAGGGUGCGGUGUUCUACGCCAUGAACGUUUGA